AUGAGCCAGAUCUGCCUCUCCACAGCCCUACUCUUCCUCCUGGUUAUCCUGGUGGACAGCACCGCGGUGUAUGAACACCAUACCCAAGAUCAAGGUCUGGAGACAAGCCAUAGAAGGAGACUUGAGAAGCGUUCACUGAUAGAUUUGGUUUCAGUUUUCAUCGAUGCUGUGGCUACAGUUGCCGAGCUUUUUAAAGGAAUGGGAUUCGAUGAAAUAAAAGGAUUGGCUCAAACAAUGAGUCAGAUGAUGAUUUCUGGAAGGCAACUGGAGAACCAUACAGUAGAGGUGUUCCCAACACAAGUGCUCAAAGAAGAGAAUAAAGCAGAUUCUAAGCCUGCCUUCUGCCUGGAGCCUAAAUUAACAGGUCACGGCAAGGCCUCGAGGCCCAGGUACUUCUACAAUGCUGAGACUGGUCACUGUGAGCCGUUUACAUAUGGCGACCUCGGAGGGAACAAAAACAACUUUGUAACAGAAGAGGAGUGCAUGAAGACCUGCGGUCAGGAGGCAGGGUCCCUGUGCUCGAGCUAUUUCGUGAGGCUCUAUUUGGAGUCCCUGCUGGUGAGCCUGCCCACGCCGGACUUCAGUAUACCCUACAACGUCAUCUGCCUCACAUGCAUGGUGGUGGUCUUGUGCCAUGGCUCUUCCUACAACCUAUUCUCCCACACCUUCCAUAUCAGAGAGCUGAGAAAGGUGGCCUGA